UCACUAAAAGUGACUUUAGAGUGGCUUACAGCCGAUCGAAGCUUAUAACCUACUUAGAAUCUUAUAAACCACUUUUCGAAUCAUUUUUAACGAUAAAAGAGUGCAGAAUAAGCCAUUAUAUACCGGACUCUAUCGGACUACAUCGAAUCUUCUGUUUUUUUGUUUCACGCAGAGUGACCUCUGUGUCUUGUAUAUGUGUUAUAUCGACGGGGACAAACAAUUGCGUCAGACAGGCUUUUCGCAGAAUCCACUAGCGGUCAGUGUGAAUGUAUCAUGUAUAGUAUUUAGAAAUCGGAAGGGUCGCACAUUACCACGUUGAGAGCGGUAAUGUUUAUGAUCCGAGGACCAUAGGAAUCUCCCUGGUGUUUAUUACGGUCCCAAGGACUUCUCAGGUUUCUUUUUCUGCUUAACGGUACGACGAAGCACAGAGCACAUGGGGAAAGAACUGCGAAUUAUCGGCGAAGAAAGUAUGGAAAACGGCUACGUGUAUGUGUUUCCCGAAGUGGGAGCCAGUGAGAAUGGUCUCCCAGACGACGAUGCGAAUGCACAAGUCGCAGCGCAACCCACGCGAAAUCUGCCGAAUAUUUUGAGGAGCAGCAAUGCGAAGGCAUACAAGAAUUGCAAAACACUCAUACUGAACAAGAACGACAUCUCCUUCAUAUCCAACACGGAGGAUACAAAUAUGUCUUUCGAUUCAAAUACAACAUUAUCCAGAGCCGACUCGGACAAGAACAGCAAGUACAAUAAGGUCGCGUCGCCGAAGUCGCACCAUCAGAGGAAACAAGUGCACCAUCCUUUAGACACGCGGUACGAUGCACUGAACUGGAAUAAUAAGAAGAAAGUCAAAAAUGCACUGCAGACGAUUGGCAAAUUAGAAACGCUGUAUGCUUCACUAGGUCACAAGGGAGAUACCUCGACGAAGAAGAUAAACAAUAAACUCAGCGGUAAAGAGGAAAAAUGUAUGUUUAAAAAAUCAAGGGGAGCAGCGAGUCGCAAAUCCGAUAAUAGAAAGACAGCUAAGUUGUCAGGACUUGACACUGGAUCUACUAUUGUUCCAGGUGUUGUUGAUGCGACGGACCAGACAGCCGUGCAAAAUGUCACGAACGAUAAGUUUUUCGGCGACGAAGUAUUUACCGACAUCAUGGACGUUGAGACGAAAUUGGACGAUAUUUUAUAUCGCGAUAACAAUAUUUACAAUCCCGAGAAGAAGCGUAAUACGGUUUGUAACAGUGUCAUUUCUGGCAAAUCAACAGAGUGCAACACGAUGCAGCAGGAUGCAGCGUUUCGAAAGGAUCUAUUGAGUUACGAGUUUUCCGAGGAUAGAGAUAACUUGGAAGAUGAUUCGAUGAGCAAGAACACCAGAUCGAAUUUCUUAUUCGCGUCUGAAGUAUUGUGCACCUGUACUUGUGCGAAUUGUACGUCUUGUGACAAAGACUUCAUAUUGUGCGAGGAUUCAGUUCCGAGAGAUGUUAACAGCAACAUGGAGACGGAAUUCUUCACACCCUGCGCGUAUGAUUUGUAUACUAGCGAUUAUUAUCAUAUAUUCGCUGACAUAGACGAUUUCGAUAAAAAGAUUUUCCGCUACGAGGAAGCUGAGAACACGUGCGUCACGAAAGAGAGCGCGUGUGAUUGCAACAACAUUAGUAGCUGUGACACAACGAAGUUAACAGAGAACGACGCUAGUGCGCCAACACCUGUAAAGCAAAGCGACUUGGAAAUUUUUUACUCGGAAACCGAUACGAGAUUGCAAGAGAACCACGUGGAAACGCAUUCUGCAGAACCCAUCACGCACUCUGAUGACGAAUCAACGGGAUCUACGGGACAUAAAAAAGAUCUCGAUAAAACGGAACAUUUCGAGAAGAAUAUAGAAGGCAUUUCGUUGGAGAUAUGCAAAGCUUCUCAAGAUCAAAUUACUGCCUCAACCAAAGCUUUCGUUUCCAAAAACCGACCACACAGGAGUAAGAAAGAUUUAUAUGUUAUCCAGUGUACUCAGUGUAGUAGGCUGUUCAACGAGAACAAGUUUAGGAAACAUUUUACUCAUUGCAGUUUCGACAAGGAAGAUUUCAAAUGUCACAUUUGCCAAAAAAUAUACAGAUAUAAAUCGUCAUUAGUGCAUCAUCUGAAAACAGUGCAUCAUUUGUCACACGAUGUCUACGGAAAGUAUUACAUUUGUAACAAAUGUAGCAAAUUGUAUGUUAGAUUUCGUGCUUUCCAAAGGCAUUUACUUAUUCAUAACGAUUGGGAAGUGCACAAAUGAGUAUGAAGACUGUUUUCGUAAUGUGAGCUUUUUCGAGUACCGCAAUCAUAUUAUUAUUAUUAUUAUGUUACGAAAAUCCCACCUGGUCAACGCAGAAGUGUCGCAAUAUUAAUUAUUAUUCAUUGGUUCAUUGAGGCUUAAUUAAUUAUGUACU